CAAAUCAAGCAAUUAUUCCACUUCAUUAUUUCAAUUGAAGCCCCUCUUCCUCAAAUUUCGAAGAAUGAAGAGUUUUUCAAGUACCGCAACUUUGCUUUCCCUCACGGCCUUCUUUCUUGUGGCCGUCGUUUCUGCUUUUCCAUUUGACGACAUCAACCUUCCUUUCGAUUACUAUAGCCUUAGCUGUCCCAAGCUUGAGGAAAUUGUCCACAACAAAAUGGAGGAAUGGGUUAAAAAAGAUUAUACCCUGGCUCCUGCCCUCAUGAGGUUACAUUUCCACGACUGCGUUGUUAGGGGAUGUGAUGCUUCAAUACUAUUAGACCACGAAGGAAGUGAGAAGAGUGCAAAAGCAAGCAAGACAUUAAGGGGAUUUGAGGUAAUAGAGGAUAUCAAAAGAGAAGUGGAGAGAGUGUGCCCAAGGACAGUGUCUUGUGCUGAUAUUUUAACCGUAGCUGCUCGAGACGCCACACUUGCUGUAGGUGGUCCAUUUUGGAUGGUUCCAUAUGGUAGGAAAGAUGGUACAGUUUCAUAUGCUAAGGAAGCUGAUCAAUUGGUCCCUACGGGUCACGAAGUAGUCACUGAUUUGCUUGAACUCUUCCAGUCCAAGGGCUUGAAUGUUCUCGACUUGGUUGUCCUCUCUGGAGCACACACAAUUGGAAGAACCACAUGUGAAUCUAUGCAAUACCGAUUAUACAAUUACAAUGGAACUAGGAAAUCAGAUUCAAGGCUGGAUCAUCUCUACUUAAACUAUUUGGAGAGGAAGUGCAGAUGGGCAUCUGAAUAUGUUGACCUUGAUGCUGUUACUCCCAAGAAAUUUGAUGUUCAGUACUACAAGAAUCUGCAAAAGGGAAUGGGACUUUUGUUGACAGACCAAUUGCUCUACUCAGAUCCAAGAACUGCACCUAUUGUCACAGCUUUGGCUACUCAAUCAGACGUAUUUGAAAACCUGUUUGCAGCAUCUAUGGUCAAGCUUGGAAAUAUUCAAGAUUAUCUUAGCGUUGAUGGUGAAGUCCGACUCAGUUGUGCCAGUGUCAAUAGUCCUGGUUAUUAAUAUUUUCACGGCUUUUAAUGUUAUAUAUAUAGUGUUAUUAUGCUAUCAGUAUGAAUUUGUUCCAUUUUUUUUUCACUACUACACUAUUUUGUACUUCGAAAUUUGCAAAUUAAACUACGAAAUAUUUAAUUAUC